AUGGCUACACCUAGUUUUGAUCCUAGUCAACUCACGGAAUCCCAGCAAGCAGCCUUGGAUACGUAUACUGCUGUGACGAAUCAGGAACCGUCUGGAGCAGUAGCGCUUUUGCAGAGAUCCGAGUGGAACGUUCAAAUAGCAAUAGCAAAAUUCUUUGAUGGAGAAGCUCCUGAUCCGGUAGAAGAAGCUCGUGCGGCACAAUCAGCAACUCCUGCAUCCACUCGAAGGGAAACGCUUUUCAAUGACUCCCCUCCGUCGGUAUCGCCGCAUAGACAUAUUGCUCCAAGGGUGGUACCUCAACCGGACUCACAAAGAGCCUACACUCCCCCUUUAUUACUCCAGCUUGCACUCUCGCCUUUCAAUCUCUUGGUGAAGUUGGUAGGGAGCUCUUUUUCUCUGCUUGGAUAUCUACUAUCAUUCAUACCGCGUCUGCUCCCUGGAAUUUCUGUCAAAAGGCCUGCAUCCCGCAUACGCACGGGAAGAAGACCUCUUAGCCCUCGAGACAAUGCAGCAAGGUUCGCUCGGGAGUUUGAGGAGGACUACGGAAAUCACGAUUUGCCGUUCUUUGAAGGCGGAUACGCUCAAGCAUAUGAUUCAGCUAAAAAGGACCUCAAAUUCUUGCUUGUAAUAUUAUUGUCGCUGGAACACGAUGAGACAGACCCGUUCGUGCAGGAUACACUAUUGUCGCGGGAGGUUACUGGCUACAUCAAUGAGCAUCGAGGCGACGUCAUACUUUGGGCUGGGAAUGUCCAAGACUCUGAAGCAUAUCAAGUCUCCACUGCUCUCAAUUGUAGCAAGUUCCCAUUUGCAGCUCUUGUGGUGCAUACUCCACAAGACUCGUCGACUGCUAUGUCUACUAUUGCUCGCAUAACUGGCGCCGUCUCCCCGCCAAUCUUUGUUGCGCAACUGAAGCGUGCAAUAGAACAACAAACACCGUCACUGCUGGCGGCAAGAUCUCAGAGGAGCGAGCAGCAAUCGACACGGGAUAUCAGAACAGAGCAAAACAGCGCGUACGAAAGAUCCCUGGCACAAGAUCGUGAACGCGCAAGACAAAGGAGGGAAGUGGAGGCUGCGCGAGUUCGCGAAGCAGAAGACGCGUGUCAGAAAGCUGACGAGGAGGGGAAAAGGGAGCAGAAAGCGCAGCAAUGGAUCUGUUGGAGGGCUUCAAACAUGGCUCCAGAACCAAGUGCCGGAGUCGAGCGAACAGUCAGGGUAAGCGUGAGGACGGUGUCUGGACAACGAAUCCUUCGAAAGUUCGGACCAGAUGCAAUGAUAGAAGACAUCUAUGCUUUUGUUGAAUGCUACGACAUCUGGAAAUCUGGUGGGUUGCCUGAAGUAGCUAAACCCGACAACUACGAACACUCAUACAACUUUCGCCUUGUUUCGCCAAUGCCACGGACUGAAUAUGAUAUUCAAGAACAAUCUACCAUUAGCAGCACUUUUGACCGAAGCGCCAACCUCAUUGUUGAGUCUCUCAAUGAAGACGAAGAAGUAUGA